UCCUUCCCUCGGCGGAGAGGCUCCGUGUGGGGUUCGGGCAGUGCGCCCGGGGUACUGCGCAGAGCACGGCCUGCGCGGUGCCAGCCUAGUAAGUCGAGUCGCCGGCGGGGAGGACGCGGCGCGGGCCGCGGCGGAGUUGGAAGCCGGGAUUGGGCCAAGGCGCCGCCGGGGCCUGAGGGGGCCCGGCGAGCGGCCGAGCGAGGAGCGGCUUCCGCGGGCGGGGGCGCGCGCCGGGCCGUGUCUCCCGGGAGAUGCUGUGACGGACCGCACGGAAGCAGCGGCGCCGCGGCAGUCGGCGGCCUGGGCCGCGGGGCUCAGUGGAAGUAUGCAAGACUUAACAGCUCAAGUGACUAGUGAUCUCCUGCAGUUCCCGGAAGUGACUGUUGAAGCUCUUGGAGAAGAUGAGAUAACAUUAGAGUCUGUGCUUCGUGGAAAGUUUGCUGCAGGAAAAAACGGACUAGCAUGCUUAGCUUGUGGUCCACAACUAGAAGUUGUAAACUCUCUAACAGGGGAGCGGUUGUCUGCAUACAGAUUUAGUGGAGUAAAUGAACAGCGUCCUGUAGUCCUUGCAGUAAAAGAGUUCUCUUGGCAUAAGAGAACUGGAUUGUUAAUAGGGUUGGAAGAAGCCGACGGCAGCAUUCUUUGUCUUUAUGACCUGGGCAUAUCAAGAGUGGUCAAAGCAGUUGUUCUUCCUGGAAGGGUAACAGCUAUCGAGCCUAUAAUUAAUCACGGAGGAGCCAGCGCAAGCACUCAGCAUUUACAUCCAAGUCUUCGAUGGCUUUUUGGUGUGGCAGCUGUAGUAACUGAUGUUGGACAGAUCCUUCUGAUUGACCUAUGUUUAGAUGACUUGUCAUGUAGUCAAAAUGAAGUAGAGGCAUCAGACCUUGAAGUUAUCACUGGUAUUCCAGCUGAAGUACCACACAUCAGAGAGAGUGUGAUGAGAGAAGGGCGCCACCUGUGUUUCCAGUUAGUAAGCCCAUCAGGAAUAGCCAUUUCUACUCUCAGCUAUAUUAGCAGGACAAAUCAGCUUGCUGUAGGUUUUUCUGAUGGCUACUUAGCACUCUGGAACAUGAAAAGCAUGAAAAGAGAGUAUUAUACACAGUUAGAAGGUGGAAGGGUUCCUGUCUAUGCAGUUGUCUUUCAAGAACCUGAGAAUGAUCCUCGUAACUGCUGUUACUUAUGGGCUGUUCAGUCCACACAAGAUAGUGAAGGGGAUGUUUUGAGUUUGCAUCUGCUUCAGCUCGCUUUUGGUGAUAGAAAAUGCUUGGCAUCAGGGCAAAUCUUAUAUGAGGGAUUAGAAUACUGCGAAGAAAGAUACACGCUGGAUCUAGCAGGUGGCAUGUUCCCCUUAAGGGGACAGACUAGUAAUACCAAAUUGUUGGGAUGCCAGAGUAUAGAGAGAUUUCCGUCUCAUGGUGACAGGGAAGAAAGUAUGAGAGAAGCUCUCUCCCCUGAUACUAGUGUCUCUGUCUUUACCUGGCAAGUGAAUAUAUAUGGACAGGGAAAGCCUUCUGUAUAUUUAGGACUUUUUGACAUAAAUCGUUGGUAUCAUGCACAGAUGCCAGAUUCACUGAGAUCAGGAGAAUCUCUGCAUAAUUGCUCUUAUUUUGCAUUGUGGUCAUUGGAUUCAGUUGUGAGUAGGACUUCUCCACAUCACAUCUUGGACAUAUUAGUACAUGAGAGAAGUUUAAGCCGAGGGGUUCCUCCUUCAUACCCACCUCCUGAGCAGUUUUUUAACCCAAGUACUUUUAAUUUUGAUGCCACUUGUUUGUUAAACUCUGGAGUUAUCCAUGUAACUUGUACUGGAUUUCAGAAGGAGACUUUGACAUUUUUAAAGAAAUCAGGACCAUCUCUUAAAGAAGUCAUUCCUGAUAGUUAUAACCGAUGUCUUGUUGCUGGCCUCCUCUCACCAAGACUUAUUGAUGUUCAGCCUUCCAGUUUAAGUCAGGAAGAACAAUUAGAAGCUAUAUUGUCAGCAGCAAUUCAGACAAGUUCCUUGGGACUGUUGACUGGUUACAUCAGAACGUGGAUAAUAGAAGAACAACCCAAUUCUGCUGCUAAUCUACGAUUUGUUCUUGAGUGGACAUGGAAUAAGGUGGUUCUCACAAAAGAAGAAUUUGACAGGCUUUGUGCACCAUUAUUUGAUGGUUCCUGUCGUUUCAUCGACCCACAAACCAUCCAGUCUAUCCAGCAGUGCCAUUUGCUUCUCAGCAACCUUAAUACAGUCUUAAGCUGUUUUGCAAUGGAGGCCCAGGGAAUCACCGAGAGAGGACUGGUGGACUUGAGCAAUAAGCACAUGGUCACCCAGCUCAUCUGCCAGUACGCACAGAUGGUCCUGUGGUUCUCGCACUCCGGGCUUCUACCUGAAGGCCUAGAUGAUGCUCUGCAGCUAUCAAGACUGCGUUACAACUACCCUGUAAUUGAGAACUACUACACCAGUCGUCGGCAGAAGUGUGGGCGCUCACCCAGAGGGAAGUGGAACCAUGACUGCUUGAUGAUUGAUGGACUAGUUUCUCAGCUAGGAGAUCAAGUUGAGAAGUUGUGGAAACGCGAUGAAGGAGGCACAGGAAAAUACCCUCCUGCUAGCAUCCAUGCACUACUUGACAUAUAUUUAUUAGACAAUAUUACUGAAACAAGCAAACAUGCUAUUACCAUUUAUUUGUUACUUGAUAUUAUGUAUUCCUUUCCAAACAAAACGGAUACUCCCAUCGAAUCUUUUCCUACUGCCUUUGCUAUUUCUUGGGGCCAAGUUAAGCUAGUUCAAGGAUUUUGGCUGCUAGAUCAUAAUGACUAUGAGAAUGGUUUAGAUCUUCUAUUUCACCCAGUUACUGCAAAACCUGCAUCGUGGCAGCAUUCAAAAAUAAUGGAAGCCUUUAUGAGUCAGGGAGAGUACAAACAGGCUCUCCGGUAUCUUCAGACAAUGAAGCCAACAGUGUCCAGCAGCACUGAUGUUAUCCUUCACCUCACUGUUCUGCUUUUUAAUAGAUGCAUGGUUGAGGCCUGGAACUUACUUCGACAGAACUCAAACAGAGUGAAUAUAGAAGAAUUAUUAAAGCACGCUUAUGAAGUUUGUCAAGAGAUAGGUUUAAUGGAGGAUUUACUGAAGCUGCCAUUUACAGACACUGAACAGGAAUGUUUAGUGAAAUUUUUACAGUCCAGUACCAGUGUUCAGAAUCACGAAUUCCUUCUAGUUCACCAUUUACAGCGUGCCAAUUAUAUUUCUGCCUUGAAACUAAACCAGACUCUGAAGAAUAAUCUCACGAGUGAUCGGGACCCUCGUUUGCGGGAGAGAUCAGUGACUCGGAAUUCUAUAUUAGACCAGUAUGGGAAAAUCCUACCUAGAGUCCAGAGAAAAUUAGCCGUUGAGCGAGCUAAGCCUUACCAUCUGUCAACAUCUUCAGUUUUUCAAGUUUCUAGACCCAAACCAUUAUCGGCAUUUCCAAAGAAAGCUGUAACUGGAACAGUGUUAACAAGAUCUACAUUCAUCAGCAAUGUGUUGUCUAAAAUUGGAGAGGUGUGGGCAAGUCAUGAACCUAAAAAUGGCGUCUCACUUUACAACAGUCCUAAAAUAGAACAACCAUCUCCUGUAGUACAUCCUUUCCCACACCCAGAGCUUCCUGAGGCAUUUGUUGGAACACCAAUUUCAAAAACAUCCCAGAGACUUUCUAGAUUAUUGGAUUUGGUUGUUCAUCCUAUCCCACAACCUUCUCAAUGUUUGGAGUUUAUUCAGCAAAGUCCAACAAGAUCUCCUUUGUGUCUGCUGUCCAGUUCAUUGCCAUUAAGCUCACAGUUAAAAAGGCCACAUCAGAGCACUUCCAGGCCUGCAGAGUUACUUUUACUUGAGACUCCUCUUGUAGUUAAGAAAGCCAAGUCUUUGGCUCUGUCAGCUACUUCUUCUGGAUUUGCCGAGUUUACUCCUCCAUCCAUCCUUAGGUCUGGUCUUCGAACAACACCUUUAGCAUCUCCCUCUCUGUCGCCUGGAAGAUCUCUCACUCCGCCUUUUAGACUUAAAGAAACUAAGAUUUCUUUUAUGGAAGAAGGCAUGAACACACACUGGACUGAUAGAGCUGAAGAUGACCAUAACACAAAAGCAUUUGUUAGUGCAUCUUUCUAUAAAUGUGCACCUUCAGCAGAAGCUGAAUGGACGGCGACCAGUGAUAAAAAUACGUACUUUCCUCUGGAUGUCCCUGCAAAGAGCCAUCAGAAAGUAGUUGCAGAAUCACUGGAUACCCACUCACGAAGUCUGGAGAAACUAGAUGUGAGCAAAGAAGACAGUACGACUUCAGCCAGAUCAGACCAGACCUCCUUAGAGUAUCACGAUGCUCCCUCACCAGAAGACUUUGAAGAUGGCGUUUUUGUGUCCCCUCAGCCAGCAAGUGCUUCCACCGAACUAACUGCUAAUUCAGCUCUACAAACUGAAAAGGAGAAUGAUAAACAUCUGUUUAAGUCAGAAGGUACUCCUUCAGUUGUAGAGAAACAAAUGGGCACAGUAGAAGUUGCAUUGGAAGGAUUUUCAGAAUUCAGUCACUUAAGCCCUCAUCAAAGAAUUGAAGCUUCUCUUUGUGUGUCGUCAGUCUGUGAAGGGAAAAGUCCCACCUCACAACCCAAGGCAUCAGUUCUGGAUGAAAUAGUGUCGACUGGAAGCCGAGCCUCCACACUUACAGCAGACCACAAUGAAUCUGUGGCCAACACGGUUGAAGAUGGUGAAAGGUCUGGGCCCACCACCUCUCAGUGCCCUGUUACCUCUGAAUGGAGCCUUGACCAGAAACUAACAUUAACCUUAAAAGAAGAUCAUGAGCUAGGAGCUGGUGCACUAACAGAGAGUGUUGGCUUCCCAGAAGACAAGCCUCAGAUUUCUGCCAGGCCUCCUGAGGCUCAAGAAGUUCAUUUAAUUGAACCUGAAAGACUUGAAGUUCAAAAUUCAGAAGAGGAGGCGAAGAAUCUUUCAUUUAAUGAGUUGUACUCCUCGGGAGCACAUAGACUUCAGUAUAAUGUUGACACCAUUGAGCAGCAGUUUUGUGACUUGCCUGACGAUAAGGACCCUGCUGAGUGUGACAUUGCUGAAGUAGAUGGGGAACUCUUUGUAACUCAGAGCAACUUUACCUUGAUAUUGGAAGGUGAAGAAGGAGAAGUUGAGGCAAGUGAUUCUGCAGCCCCUAGUGUGUUACCGAGAGCAGCUAACAUAGCAGCCAAGGAAAAAUCUGUGUCUGGAAUGGAAUCCAAUAAUCAAGAACAUGUCACAGAUUUGCCAUCUGCUGUAACUGGUAACAAAGAACCCCACAAGGUAGAGACCUUACCGUAUGUGCCUGAACCAAUUAAAGUGGCAAUUGCAGAAAAUUUGUUGGGUGUAAUUAAAGACACACGAAGUAAAGAAGCAACCUCAGCAGAUCAGGUUGUUCAUGAAAACAAAGCAUUAGUAAGCCCAAAGGUUACACAUUCUUCAAGGUUAACAAAAUCUACACAGAAGACCGUUCGGAAAACAAGUGCAGAGACUGUAAAUACCAGCCAGGGUGGUGACACGGUUUCUACUAGAACUCGCACAAGAAGGCAGCAUGCCCUAAACCUGAACGUCACAACAGAACAGGAGUCCUCGGCAAUUGCUACUCCUAAGAAGAAAACUAGAAAAAUAAAAGAACUUCCUGGGUCUUCUGAAAGUACCUGUUCUGAAAUAAAAGAAACACUUGAGAACCAGCAGGCACUUCAGAGUCCUCCCCCUCCUAGGAGAGGAAGGAAGCAAAAGGAAGAAGUUAGCCAGGCAAGCACUGAUGCUGUGGAGCAGGAGCCUCGGAAGACGCCUGAAAGACUGAGGCUGCAGCCACCAGAGCCAGCCACUGAACAGAAGUCAUCUGUUAGAAAAGGGGCUCCCAGAAGACUAAAGAAAUCUGUAGAAAAUGGGCAAAGUGCAGAAAUUGUAAAUGAUCUAAAAGUUAGUAAAGCAGCAAGUCAUGGUGGGACUGUCAAAAAGCUGAGGAAUAAUAAUUUAGAAAAUUCUCAAAAUAUGGAAUAUAAAGAAGAUGAGAAACCCAGUGACCAGCAAUUGCCUCUAAAACGAAAAAGGAUGAGGGAGAGUGAGGUUAGUGUGUUGAGUAUUACAGAGGAGCCUAAGCUUGACCCAUCUCAGUUGCCUCUUCAAACAGGAUUUGAUGUGCCCGCCACACCUAGGAAACGUGGCAGACCGAGGAAAGUAGUUCCAUUAGAAGCUGUUGGUUCCACAGCCACUGAGGAGCAGACAGCUUCCCAGAAGAAAGAAGUUCCCAGUGUCCGAAGAUCUACACGGAACACCCCAGCUAAAAAUGUGAGUGUUUUACAAAAGUCCAUUUUAGUGCCAAAUGAGGAAGCUGCUGUUAUGAUGACUUCUAAGAAAAAACUUACAAAGAAGUCUGCAGAUGAAAGCCUGAAAGGUCCAUUACCAGCAGAAUCAGACUGUGCAGAUGCAACAACCUACAAAGAGCCUGCUGACCGAGAAGGAAGAUUGCUUGCCAUGGCUGCUUUGACCAAAUCUUCCCGGAGCACAAGGACUAGGUCUAGAAAGACCAUGUUGUUGACAGACUUUUCAGAGCCCAAAACUGAGCCUUUGUUUUCUCCUCCUUCAGUGAAGGUCCCAAAGAAAACAAAAGCUGAGAAAAUGGAGGCCACUGCCCAGCUGAAAGACUUGGUAUCAGAUUUAUCAUCUCAGUUUGUUGUUUCCCCUCCUGCAUUGAGAACCAGGCAGAAAAGUGCGUCCAGCACUUCCAAGAUUCUACAUGAGCUGGAGAGUGACCCUAAACCAUUAGAAAUCAUGGAACAAAAACCAAAAAGAAGUAGACCUGUGAAGACAAAAGCAAGCAGAAAAACAGGAAAAGGAAGUUCUUGGUCACCUCCCCCUGUAGAAAUUAAGCUGAUUUCGCCCUUGGCAAGCCCAGUUGAUGAAAUAAAGAUCAGCAAGCCAAGAAAGACUACAGAAGCAGCAGGAAAAACUCUUGGAAGGGGCAAAAAGAAGCUGUCUUCCUUUCCAAAGCAAAUUUUACGCAGGAAAAUGCUAUAAUUUUUAACCCAAGAUUUUAACAUGCACCUAUUUGUAAAGUCAUCAGUAUUUGUGUGGAUUAUUAAAAGUCAUCCAAUUUGGAAGGAAAUAAUUUAUAUAAAUUGUACAAUUUUGUAAACAAGUAAAUAAGUAAAUAACUCCAUAUGGAGUGCGGUUCUUCUAGUCCAGGCGUUUUAUAAUACUUCAUACGUUUAUAUAAUGUGUAAAUAUGGCUUAGCAUUGGGAUGUUAAAUAAACUACUGUAAAGUACA